CCUAAAUAUCCAAAUACGAAUGCUUUCCAGCUUAAACGAAUAAAUUAUUGACGUCGCGUGAUUACAGAAUAUGUUCGAAUGUAUAAAAUGAUUGAUUCUUCCAAUAUUAUAUCACAUUUGAAAAGUUCUGUUUUGUAGUUCGAUCAUAUAAAUACAGAAGAAGAUUAGGAUUUGUCUUGAAAGAUUUCUUUCAAAUUCACUUGAUUUCUUCCUACUCAUGCAAGUAUCCGAAACUUUUGCCAGUCAAAAAGAAUCUUCUACUAAGUGUUAAGAAGAAUUGUCAAUCAUGACAUGAUUCAGCAUGUGUAUUUGGGGCGUGUGAAAAAGAUUACCUUUCUCAAGAGAAAUGGCACGGAUCUUCUCUCGGUUUGAAUUUUAGAAAGAGUGCCACGGGCGAGAGAAAAAGUUUGAUGUUGAAUCGAUAGGAGAAAGUUGCCAGCAAAUCCGAUGUUUCCUGCAAAGAUACGAAAGUAACGAGCGAAGCAAUCUGCGAGACUUUGCAAGGAUUGGACCGCUGCGAGGUAAAUUAUUUUGUCGAACGGAAUUUUUGAUCAAGAAGGUGACUUCGUAGUACGGCAUUCAACGUAUGUACGUGCACAGAUUUCAUUUCCGGUUGCAGAGUACCCUGAAGUUGAGCGAACAGCACGACUAUCUCGAAUCUCGCGAUUCAGGAGAUCAUCACGAGUGAAAUGGAGGAUUUUCAAAAGGUCGAAACGGAUUAUCGAGAGUGCCGCAAUGUGAAAAAGGAUAAAGCGCCGUCAUAUUGUAAUAGUCUGUUGUCGAACAGGAAUAACUACGAAUAUCAAGAUUUUAACAUCACAGAUCCGCUUUUGGCUCAUGAAUUAUUCCUACCAUACAAUCGUAUGCCGAGACCGAGGCUUUUCUGUGCUAAUGACGUAGAUGCUGAAUGUGCUGAGACUGCUAUUGUAUUACCAAAAAGACCUCCAUCGCCCAUCAGACACAUUUUGCCCGGGAGAUUCGAUCUGCGUGCUAGUACCAAAGAGUUAUUAAAGCGACGAAGCAUCACCAAAGCUCGAAGGUAUUUGUGGGAAUUUAAGGAUCGAAUUUUGCAGAGCGCAAAACAAGUUUGGAAUGCGGAUGUCGAUUUGGAUUUGGUUAUUUGCACACUAGUGCUCCAUGCAAUGUGUGAAAACGUGAUUUGGACAAUGGCUGGCAUAGGAAUUGAUGCCCAUACUUUUAUCAAUAUGGCCAUUAGCUGGAUAUUAAUUGAUUUACAAAUUUUAGAUCCGAUUAUGCUGAGUGAGCAAGAACGCAUUAUGUUCACUGAAUUUGAAUUACUUGACAUUGACGAGCGUUCGACAAGCCAUGAAAUGGUCGUCUCUUCGAAACUCCGUAGAACUCUCUUCGAAGUGCAUCGUCCAAAGUUCGAUCCGCACGUCUCGAUUCAUUUGCAUCGUAGUUUGCCAUGGACGCUGGUCAGUCCCGCACAUCAGACGGACGUUAUUAAAUUUUAUCCUAAUGUGAGAGAACGAAUCGACGAGAAGUUAUCGGACACAUCUGAAUACGUGAAAUCAAUCUAUAUACCGGAUGUUACGUGUUCUCACUUCUGAGAGGUGCCAAAUCAAGAUUAUAUGGCUUAAAA